UCAUCUUGGGUUGGGAUUUCGCUUGGAUUUGAGCUAAUCUGGCCGGAGAUCUGGGCGUUGCGGCUCCGAGUAGGCAGCCACCUUAUUGAUCGCUGCCUUGCUCCGCCCUUUUUUCUUGGUGUUUUCUUGCUCUUCUUGUGCUUCUUUGGCGGGUCGUCCGGCGUCAGCUCAACCUUCUCCGGGUUUCGCUGACAUGUUCCUGGGUCUAUGGCUUUCUCUGAUCGGAAUCCCUUCUAGAUUGCUUGCCUAGAGAGGUUUCUGGCAACUUCCCGUGGUGUUUAUAAGGGGCUCUUCUUUUUUCCCUAAUUUUUUACCUGGCCCAGUUACAAAUUUUUGGCACUGCCGCAAAAAAGAAGAUGAAGCUUUCAAAUUUAUUCAGUGAGAAUGUGUUUGGUUUUUGACUGCCAUUUUGUGGGUUCGUUGACAUGAAUAAUCUAAAAAUCAGUAAAACCCAUUGGCUCAAGUUGAUGCCUUUUUACCCCUUUGGAAGCAUCAUCAGAAAAAGACUAGUUUAGUGUGGAAUCAGUACUUGAUUUGGUUCGGUGCAAGAUUAGUGCUUGCUUUUUCGUCCCAUCUCGUUGCUAUCUUCGAUCUGUAAGGCUACAUAUCUUGUUUUGUAGUCUGAGCCAUGGCAGCCAAGCUGACUCGCCUCCACAGUCUUCGUGAGCGCCUUGGUGCCACCUUCUCCUCCCAUCCUAAUGAGCUCAUUGCACUUUUUUCCAGGUAUGUUCACCAGGGCAAAGGAAUGCUCCAGCGCCACCAGCUGCUCGCUGAAUUUGAUGCCCUGAUGGAUGGUGACAAGGAGAAGUAUGCACCCUUCGAAGACAUUCUCCGUGCCGCUCAGGAAGCAAUUGUGCUGCCCCCCUGGGUUGCGCUUGCUAUCAGGCCUAGGCCUGGUGUCUGGGACUACAUACGGGUGAAUGUUAGCGAGUUGGCUGUCGAAGAGCUGACAGUUUCUGAGUACUUAGCAUUCAAGGAACAGCUUGUUGAUGAACACGCCAGCAGCAACUUUGUGCUUGAGCUUGAUUUUGAGCCCUUCAAUGCGUCCUUCCCACGCCCUUCCAUGUCCAAAUCCAUUGGAAAUGGGGUGCAGUUCCUUAACCGCCACCUGUCUUCCAAGUUGUUCCAGGACAAGGAGAGUCUCUACCCCCUGCUGAACUUCCUGAAAGCCCAUAACCACAAGGGCACGACAAUGAUGUUGAAUGACAGAAUUCAGAGCCUCCGUGGGCUCCAAUCAGCCCUUAGAAAAGCAGAAGAGUAUCUAAUAAGCAUUCCUGAAGACACCCCUUGCUCUGAAUUCAACCACAGGUUCCAAGAGCUCGGCUUGGAGAAGGGUUGGGGUGACACUGCAAAGCGUGUACAUGAUACCAUCCACUUGCUUCUUGAUCUUCUUGAGGCCCCUGAUCCGGCCAACUUGGAGAAGUUCCUUGGAACCAUACCAAUGAUGUUCAAUGUUGUUAUCCUGUCACCACAUGGCUACUUUGCCCAAUCCAAUGUGUUGGGAUAUCCUGAUACCGGUGGUCAGGUUGUGUACAUUUUGGAUCAAGUCCGAGCUUUGGAAAAUGAGAUGCUUCUAAGAAUUAAGCAACAAGGCCUUGACAUAACCCCUAAGAUACUCAUUGUAACCAGGCUGUUGCCUGAUGCUGUCGGGACUACAUGCGGCCAGCGUCUGGAGAAGGUUAUUGGAACUGAGCACACUGAUAUUCUCCGUGUUCCAUUCAGAACUGAGAAAGGGAUCCUCCGCAAGUGGAUCUCCCGUUUUGAUGUCUGGCCGUUCCUGGAGACAUACACGGAGGAUGUUGCAAACGAACUCAUGAGAGAGAUGCAGACCAAGCCUGAUCUCAUUAUUGGCAAUUACAGUGAUGGUAACCUUGUUGCCACUCUGCUUGCGCAUAAAUUGGGAGUUACCCAGUGUACGAUUGCCCAUGCCUUGGAGAAAACAAAAUACCCUAACUCAGACAUAUAUUUGGACAAAUUCGACAGCCAAUACCACUUCUCAUGCCAGUUCACAGCUGACCUUAUUGCAAUGAAUCACACUGAUUUCAUUAUUACUAGCACAUUCCAAGAAAUUGCUGGAAGCAAGGAUAGUGUGGGGCAGUAUGAGUCCCACAUUGCUUUCACCCUCCCUGGGCUCUACAGGGUUGUCCAUGGGAUUGAUGUGUUUGAUCCUAAGUUCAACAUUGUAUCUCCUGGAGCAGACAUGAGCGUCUACUUCCCGUACACCGAGACUGACAAGAGGCUCACUGCCUUCCACCCUGAAAUUGAGGAACUCAUUUACAGCGACGUCGAGAAUUCCGAACACAAGUUUGUACUGAAAGACAAGAACAAGCCGAUCAUCUUUUCAAUGGCUCGCCUCGACCGUGUAAAGAACAUGACAGGCUUGGUUGAGAUGUAUGGCAAGAAUGCACAUCUGAAGGAUUUGGCAAACCUUGUGAUUGUUGCUGGUGACCAUGGCAAGGAGUCCAAGGAUAGGGAGGAGCAGGCUGAGUUCAAGAGGAUGUACAGUCUCAUAGAGGAGUACAAGCUGAAGGGCCAUAUCCGGUGGAUCUCAGCGCAGAUGAACCGUGUUCGCAAUGGCGAGUUGUACCGCUACAUCUGUGACACCAAGGGAGCAUUUGUGCAGCCUGCAUUCUACGAAGCAUUUGGCCUGACUGUCAUUGAGGCUAUGACAUGUGGUUUGCCGACAAUAGCUACAUGCCAUGGUGGCCCUGCUGAAAUCAUUGUGGAUGGGGUGUCUGGUUUGCACAUUGAUCCUUACCACAGUGACAAAGCUGCAGAUAUCUUGGUCAACUUCUUUGAGAAGUGCAAGGUGGAUCCGACCUACUGGGACAAAAUAUCACAGGGAGGCCUGAAGAGAAUUUAUGAGAAGUACACCUGGAAGCUGUAUUCGGAGAGGCUGAUGACCCUGACUGGCGUGUAUGGAUUCUGGAAGUACGUGAGCAACCUCGAGAGGCGCGAAACACGGCGUUACCUUGAGAUGUUCUACGCUCUGAAGUACCGUAGCCUGGCGGCCGCUGUUCCAUUGGCUGUCGACGGCGACAAUGCUGGCAAUUAGUGCGACGAAGGGAAGAGGUGCGCCAUCAGUGGGCCAAGUGAUGGCUGCGUUAUGAUUGUUCUACCGUAGUUUUCAUUUGGUCUGUCAUGGGGUGUGUGUGUGUGCGUGCCUUUGAUCUCUUGGCACUCUUGCAAUGUUUUGGGCAGUGCUAGCUGCAUAGGUCACCUCCAAUAAACGCCUGGCACGUGGUGUUCAUCUUUCAGAGUUCAGUACAAUGUUCCGUUGCCUCACUCCAGUCUUCCAAAUUGAAUGCUCACUCAUUUUGUCAUGAAUGAAGUGAUGGUUGUGUGUCUAGAAGUAACAUGGUAAUGUUGUUUUAGUGAUGACUGUUACUAGAAGUGAAACUUUUUCUUAAGGAAGUUCAAAGUCUCAAUGUCUCAUGCAUCCUUGGAUGAAUAGUUGCAUACACACAACUGAAAUUUUUCUCAA